AAAAACAAAAGCAGCAAUUAUCAGUGAAAAUACAACCCAUAGAACAAAAAGAACAUGAAAAACAUUCAGAUGUUUAUAUUGUCUGUCUAGCCUACACAUGAUAAAGAAAAUGUUUCCUUUGACGCCACCUUAAGGUCAAACUUAUUUUUAGAAUCAGCAUCAAAAUCUGCAAUCAUCAGUCUGAUGAAGUGGAUGAGAGGGGAAACAUUUCAAGAAUGAAGAUGCAAUGACUCAACUUAAAAACAGAUUCAUCUGGAUGAAUGAGAACCUAAAGUUAAGGGCAAUUAGUUGUCACACACCUAGGUGGGUGAAAUCCGUUCUCUGCAUUUGAUCCAUUCCCUGGGAGAGUGGUGAGCUGCUGAUACAGCUGCAUUCAGGAGACAUUUGAUAGUUUAACCCCCCAAUCCAACCCUUUAAUCCUGAGUGUUAAGCAGGUAGCCAUCGAGUCCCAUUUUUAGAGAUUUUGGUGUGACUCCUCCUGAAGUUGAACUCACAUCCUUCCCGUCUCAGGGCGGACACUCUCCCACAAGACCACUGUGCUGGUCAUCACUGACAUUUUAUUUCUAUUUCUGUUAUUACAUUUUUUUAAAUUUAUAGCAAAGCUUUUAUUUGGAAAAGACGGAAACUGGCCUUAUUUAUGCUUUUAUUGUGACGCGCUAACCGGAAACUGCACUAGCAGCUCGAUAUUUUGCAUAAACAUUCUAAAGAAGAAGCACGUGUGUUUUCAGCCGAUGGAUCCAGACUCGGCUCUGGUUCCGGUUCGGCACCAGAGAAUCUGCCUGACAGAGACUGAGCUGGACUUCUCCGGUACGCGGUACUCGGUGUCGGUUCUGAAAGUGGGCUACUGCGUUCCUCAGAGCGACGGCACGUUCAAGGCGGACGGAACCAUCAGUCUCAUUCGGGGUCGCAAGACGGUUCUGGUGGACACCGGCGGGUCGUGGGACCGGGACUUCCUGCUCCGGGCUCUGGAGGACAGAGGGCUGCAGCCGGAGGACGUGCAGAUAGUCGUUGGCACCCACGGACACUCGGACCACAUCGGGAACCUGAGCCUGUUUCCCGCAGCCCUGACGAUUGUGGGCUAUGACGUCAGCGAGGGGGACACCUAUCGACCCUCGGGUCUGGCGGAGGGACACGCCCACUUGGUGGAUGAACACGUGUCCGUCAUUCCCACCCCCGGACACACGGGUCAGGACGUGAGCGUGCAGGUGAGCGGCACGUCUGCAGGAGCCGUGCUCAUCGCGGGGGAUCUGUUUGAAAGCUGCUCCGAUGAGGAGACGUGGAGAGGCCUGAGCCUGAACCCUGCCCUGCAGGAGGCCAGCCGCCAGAGGGCGCUGCAGAGCGCAGACGUCAUCAUCCCGGGACAUGGACUUCCUUUCAGAGUCCUGAGGAGCUGAGGCACCUUUUUCAUUUCCACAAACAAAGUUAAAAACACAACAAAGCCCAAGGAGCAGAGGGAGUGCAGUCACACACUGAUGUGAGUGAAAGAUCUGAAGAAAUUGAAGAUCUGGACUCUGUUGAAACUCCUGAGGAGUUUAAUAGAAUUAUACCCAGAAGUGAGGAGUUAUGUAACCAUUCACAGCUUCAAAGUCCGGAUCAUUUGUGAUAAUCAAUUGUGAUAUCUGAAAUAAAAACCUCUGUCUGACCUCACAGCUCUAUUAAUAGAUUAACGAUGGAACUUCAAAGAAAUCCAUCCACACCAACACAACAGUUCCAGCCAAAAAUGUCAAUCUUCGGAUCUAUUUUCAAAUAUUUUAAUUAUAAUUAUGCAGUUUUUGGUCAAAGUUCCAAAACCUGUUGUUGUUUAGGACAUAGUUUCUGCAGAGCGGCAGGAGUCCCUUUAAAAAACCAAAUCCACCUCUUUGUUUGCCCUCCCUGUUGCUGAGCGCUCAGAGCAGGAAGCUGUGGCCUGUCAGUGUAUUUUAUAUGUCACUAAUACAAUCUGUAUUUGUUUUGUCUGAUUCUGAUUCACAAGGAUUUGAGUAAAGAAAUACUCAGAAAUA